AAUGAAGGUCACCACCAGCCUACGGCAACAAGCCCGGUAGAUCCCAUCACAGCGUACGAUGGUAUACGACUGGGAAACACAUAGAGAAACCCUGAGCCGGCUUUACGUGGAUGAGAAGCGAUCGGUCGAAGACAUCAUCUCGUACAUGCGCACAAAUCACAACUUCGCCCCCAGCAAACGUGCGUAUCAGGCUCAAUUCCGGCGCUGGGAAUUCCCGUCAAAACACCAGCCCGCCCUCAAGAAUGACCAGCUCGUCGCCCGCAUCAAGGAGCUAUGGGAGCGCAACCUGUCCCAGGCGGAGAUGCUGCACGUCCUCAACGAGGAGGACGGGUACAGCAUCAAGUCGCGUGAGCUGAACCGCGUGCGCAGCAAGCACAGGUGGCUGCUCCGGGUGCCCACCGGCAAGGCAGCGGAUGGCGCCGACCUGUCCCCGAGCGCCGGGGCCAGCAACGGCGAGGACGACCAGGACAACGACGAGCUGCACAUGGCCAUGCAGGCCUCGGCCUUUGGCCUCCCGGCCGUGCCUGACCUGGCGUCGCAGCUCAAGGAGGAGCGCAGGCGCAAGAUGCAGGCCGAGUCCGUCCAGCGCUGGGCGACCAAGAAACGGCGGCGGCGCACACGGCAGUACGCCGGCAUACCCGCCGACCCACCCGGGCCGCCUCGGUUCCCCUCUGAGACGACGCUGGGCGAGAGCCAGGUGAUCCUCGGGCUUGACAAGUCGGCCUACACUGCCGUCCGGGACAAGUUCCAGUCCAUCUGCGCAGGCGCGGGCAUCACCAAGAAGACGGUGGCGGGCCCCGAGGCCUGGGAGGCCGCGAAGCAGAGCCUCAUCGGUGAGUUCCAACAGCUCCGGGACGCCCUGUGGGCCGGCAAGGACGGCCUGGACAGGAAGAAGCUCGCGCUGGACGUGGUGUGCUCGGACGUCACCAAGCGCAUGCGCUCGGGGGCCGACAGGGAGCUGCUGCUGGCGGACGCCAAGAACAUCCUCGGCCUGAACCCGGAGGAUUCGAGGCGGGUGCGGUCGGCGUUCUACAAGAUCCUGCAGGCGGACGGCUUCACGUCCAAGGUGGCCAUGGGCCCGCAGCGCUGGACGGAGCUCAAGCAGAGGUGGAUCGACGGGUCCGACAUGCUGCGGGGGAUCCUGAGCCGGCUCGACGACGGCGCGCAGGGCCACGAGAUGAAGACGAGGGCCGUCGAGGCCCUGGCGAGGGACGUCAUGAAGCGCCUGAGGGACGACCAGAGCCGCGGCAGGGGCCAACCCAGACAAGGCAGGGCCAGGUCCUCCGAGGCGCUCGCCGCCGCCGCCGAGGAUUUCAGGGGGGACCCGCCGCCUGUCAUGGGCGACCUGGCCGGCGACGCCUCCGGCUUUGGCGCCCAGAUGCUCGUCCCGCCCGGCGCAGGCGACGGCCCACACGGGCACGCCCACGCCGGCCGCCUGAUCCCCGACCACCACCACCUGCUCGGCGCCCAGAUGGGCCUGCAGGUGCCCAUGGGCUCCGACCUCGGGCCGUCGAUGCUCCUGGGCCCGGGCGCCCAGGACCCGUUCGCCAACCCCCACGGCCAGUUCCUCGGCGGCCCGCCGCCCAUGGACGUCCCGUCGCCCUUUGACCCCUCACCGCAGCCGGCGCCGCCGCCGCCCGUCGUGUACCACCACCAGGCGGGCCCCGUCGCCCACAACACCGGGCCCAUACCGGUGUACAUCCAGCUGCUGAGCCCCGGCCAGCAGGGGGUGGGCGAGUUCAGCAUCGCCAUCCUGAACUCGCCGUCCGCGGGGGAGCUCCGCCAGGCCGCCGAGGGCAGGGUCCCCGGCUCGGCGUGCGUGCGGAUCCAGGGCCUGGUCAAGCUGCAGGGGAUGGACGGGAGCGUCCCGCUGGAGAUUGAGAGCGACGACCACGUGGCGGCGUACCUCGCGCAGGCGCGGGUGCCGUCCUUCAACAUACACCUGGAAUUCUAGUCAGGGUCCGGCCGGGCCGUGGUUGCCCACGCCAUCAUCCAUCAAUUCCACGGCGGAAUAGAGCGAAAUACCCGUCGCAGCGAUGCCGCUGUGCCAUUUGAUUAUUUUGUGGAUAUCCACGCUGGACGGCGACUAGGUAGGCCGCAGAGGUCUGGAACGCCUGCCGCCGUCCCUUAGUGUCUGCCCACGGACCUGCUCCCGGGCUCGCCGUGCCGGCCCGGCUGCCCAGAUCGCUCUGCCGCCGUGUCGAUCAGCCGCACGCGACUAACUGGGGCGACCGGAGGUCUAGAAGCCUCGCUAGACCUGAUAUUGUCACAUGGACGGUCCUUUGUCUCCAGCUGACCUGUCUAGAUGUGAUGAGGAAGUCUGCUACCUGGGUAGAUGAUUUUCGCCAGAGCAGUGCUGCACGAGCCACGAGAGAUGGUGGGACAUGCAAGAACAUUUUUUUAAUAAUUUCAUACACUGCAUUCGAGGAAUGGGUGUAAUAUUGGUCAGAUUUAUUGCCAACAUUCAAUGUUGGUGGAAAAGGAUGAUUUUGAUCAUAGCCUGUGGAGACCAAGUCUUUCUGGCCAGACAGACGGACAGAGAUCAACGGCAAUGCAUGCAUAGAGAUGAAGUCAAGAAAUAAGAAUCAGAGAAACAACAUGAUUAAUCUCCUUUUCCAAACAUCGCUAGAAGAGACAAAAAACAACACAUUGGUGACCUGCUGUGGCGGUGAUACUCCCACGGCAGUC